AGAAGUUUUCAUAUAAAUAUACAAGCUUUUAGCAAGUGCAAUCGUCAUUGCUACAGGACAAUUGUGUAAAUAGAUAUUUGUAAAUUUGUUGGCGAACUGAUAAGGAUUCUGCAAAAUGAUCACAGACGUUCAACUGGCUAUAUUCUCCAACAUUCUGGGGGUUUCUUUAUUCCUCCUAGUUGUCUUAUACCAUUACAUCAAUGCAAACUUUUCAAAGUAGAUUUUAUAUAAAUAUAUAAUGGAAUGAAUGAAGACAUCAGAUGUAAUGCUAUAUAUAUUAUGAAA